AUGCCCGCGUCUGAUGUUUCCCUAUCCGACAUGCACUCGGAGGCGUCAAUAGACUCGGAGGAAGAGUACCUGCUCGCGCAACAAGAAUGGGAAGAGAGUCUGCAACAACUGCAGCAGCUCGUAGGAGCAUUGCUGCUGCCUUACUUUGGGAAAUGGCUGGGCAGGCAGACGAGCCACUGGGGUACGUCUGCGCUUCGCUGCUACCUCCGCACCAGGCUAUAUGUGCAAUUUGACAGCGUACGCAAGAUAUCUGCGUCUGGGCCUUGGAAAGGCUUUCUUCGGGCGGCACUGAAACUAGUUCAGCUACCAUAA